CUUUCAUACAGUAAAGACUGCACGUGACCUUUCUAUCAAUUUUUUCUUGCUGAGGGCAAAGCUGUAGGAGCUCCCUCCCUCUGCUCGCAACCAUGUCUAUUACGACCGAAGACCCUGCACCUCCUCGUAAAAAGGCUCGUCAAUCUCCGAAGAAAACCACAAGAUCUCCCACAGAAUCCAGACUUUUCGUUCCAUUCCGUGCCCUUGGUCUCGUCACUAAUCACGUCCCCUUCGUCUUGCAAACCCGUUCUCACAAAGGAGCCAUCGAUGGACCACGAAUACACAUCUUAACCUGUCUUGGAAAGUCUUGGGCUCUGUGGAAUGGUGCGAAAAUGGAUUUGUUGUUUGUUGGUACGUGACAGGGUCAUCUCGUCAAAUUUCCACAUACCCUUGCACCGCCAACGGAUAUUCAUAGGUCCUGGGGUCUCAGAACAGAUUUCAUGUUUGACGAUGGACGGAGAUGCUGUGUGGGCUGCCACCGGUUGUCAUGCAGUCAAAUAUCUGCGAGGGAGAGAGAUGUUACGCGUAUCAAAUCCUGUCGAAAUAAAUCUUUCUUUCAUCACGAUAUUUGGAUCGCGAUUGCUUGCUCUAACGGAAACUGGAGACAGAUUACUUUGCUGGGAUACUACUGGCGGGGAUUUUCAGUUCAUGAUACAAUUCGAUAACGGAUUCACUGCUACUCUAAUUCUCCACCCGGCCACCUAUGUCAACAAGAUCCUAGUAUCCAGUAGUGAAGGAGAUCUACAGUUAUGGAACAUACAGUCGCAAGCUUGUAUACAUAAAUUCCCUGCCUCUCGACUGGUCAGCUCCACCAGCACGAGUGCGAUCACAGCCAUGACACAAUCUCCUGCGAUUGAUGUGGUGGGCAUUGGCUUUUCCUCCGGGGAGAUUUCAGUUUACGAUGUGCGUGCAGACGAGCGUCUAAUGCGCAUCUUCAUGACGGGGGGAGGUAUACGGUCGUUAAGUUUCCGGAGUGACGGCGAACCAAUCCUAGCCUCAGCCUCUUCGUUGGGUCACAUCGCACUAUGGGAUCUAAACGCAGGCGGUCGUCUUCUUCACAUGGUGCAUGGUGCCCAUGACAGUGCCAUCAGUUCACUGGAAUGGGUACCGGGGCAGCCCGUACUCAUCAGUUCCGGCGAAGAUAACAGCGUUAAGCAAUGGCUUUUCGAUUCACCGACAUCCGCUCCUCGCCUACUGAAAUUCCGUUCAGGACACUCUGCCCCCCCACAUCUAAUUAGUUAUUAUGGUGAUGAUGGAAAACAAAUCAUGACAGCGUCGAGGGAUCGGAGUUUACGGUGUACCUCAGUGGUUCGGGAUUCUCGUUCCUUCGAGUUAUCGCAAGGUUCUCUGUCGAAAAAGGCCUCGUCACAAUCAGUCCCCGUCGGCUCUUUGAAAUUCCCGGCAGCGAUAGCGAUAUCCCAUUCAUCUGCUCGUUCUAAGGAUUGGGAUGACAUUCUCACGGCACAUACGGAUGAGAUAUUUGCUCGCACUUGGACUAUGCAAGGAAAGCGUCUCGGGAAAUAUAGUUUUAGUUUUGCCGAAGCUGCUAAAUCGAAGGGAAAGGGCCGUGUCCCCCUUGUUGGUUCAGCGAAGGCAGUCUGUGUGACAGCUUGCGGAAACUUUGGUCUGGCAGGUUCUUCAACGGCGGCGAUUCAUAUGUGGAAUAUGCAAUCCGGAAUUCGGCGGCGUACAUUUGAAGUUGGUCCUGCUUCUCACAAAGCCACUACAAAGGAAAGAGAACGUUCGGUUACUGGAUUGGCAUCUGAUGCGCUGAAUCGAGUUGUUAUCGCCUCUACGCUUGAUGGGACUGUCAACUUUUUCGAUUUCCACACCGCCAAACUAGACCAUACCCUCGUCUUACCAUCAGCCGCAGUAUCGCUUGUACUUCAUCGUGACAGCGGGUUGUUGGCUGUCGUAUGUGAUGACAUGGUCGUACGUAUAGUGGAUAUUGAGACGAGAAAAGUUGUUAGGGAGCUUGGAGGGUUCCGAGGGAGAGUCUUGGAUGUGACGUUUUCUGCAGAUUCGAGGUGGCUUAUUACCACUUCGUUGGAUUCGAUCAUCCGGACAUUUGAUAUACCCAGCGGUAGAUUGGUGGAUGCUUUCAAAACCUCCAGUGUAGCGUCGAGUGUGUCGUUCUCUCCUACGAGUGAUUUCCUGGCUACGUCGCAUGUAGAUAGUGUGGGGGUGUAUUUGUGGGCUAAUCGCGCACAAUUUGCUGAAGUUUCUCUUCAAGGCAUAUCCGAGGAAGAGGUGGCCAAUGUUCAGCUUCCGUCGAUGCAAGGUGUCGGAGAAGAGGAUCAAGAUCUCGACGCCCUGCAGCCACUUACUGUGGGCGUAACCAACUCGACUGGGGAUGUAUUCUCGACGCCACCGCGACUCGACGGGGACCUUAUUACGCUUACUUUGUUGCCCCGUUCUAAGUGGCAGACUUUGCUUAAUAUAGAGGUAAUCCAGCAACGGAAUAAACCAAAAGAACCUCCGAAGGGGCCAGAACAGGCGCCGUUUUUCUUGCCUACACUCCCUGGUGUCGAACAACGAUUUGUCACACAAAACUCAACGGAGAGCGCGUCAAAGCAAGAAAAGAAGAGAAGAUUGGAACAAGCCGCGGCGAAAUCCAGCAGUGUGUUCCUAGAAAAACUCGUGGCAGAAAAAGCAGACGGAGAUUACGAAUCUUUCUUCGCAUAUGCGAAAACUUUGUCUCCUUCUGCCCUGGAUUUGGAGAUUCGCUCUCUUGGAACCCUGGCGCACAUGCAGGUUUUCAUCAACGCCACGAUACAACGGUUACUAUCUCAUCAGGACUUUGAGGCCGUUCAAGCGCUGCAAAAUGUGUUCUUGAAGGCGCAUGCCGAUGAGAUCAUUGGAAAUCCGGAGAUGCAUGAUGAUCUAGAGAGGUUGAAGGAUGUUCAGAAAGGGGAGAGUAGGCGAGUUCUGGCACUAGUAGCGAGUUCACUUGGUGCGCUAGGAUUUGUGAGAGACACGAUGUGAACGUAAAAAUAGUCGAAAUUUGACGAACCCACACAACGUGGUCCUUCCCCA